AUGCCCGGUGGCGUCUGUGCCGUCCUCGACUAUGAGGUCGACAUGAUGGCUGAGUAUGUUUCCGAGAUGACGGUGCGCGUUGUCACUCCCGAAGCUGCUGUUACUUCCCCCUUCCGGAAAUUCGUCACCCAGAUUCUUACGUCAACGAGACUUCCUAGCACUACCAUUCUCUUGGGCAUGAACUAUCUCGCCAAACGCAUUAAUGCCAUGAAGAGCCAAGGACCCUACAAGGCCUCUGAGGGCCAGGUUUGGCGCUACCUCACUGUGUCGCUCCUCCUUGGUAGCAAGUUCCUCGACGACAACACUUUCCAGAACCGCUCUUGGUCUGAAGUCAGCGGCAUUUCCGUGUCUGAGCUCAACGGCCUCGAGUAUGACUGGGUUCAGGCCAUGAACUGGCAGCUCUAUGUCAACCUCGAUGCCAGCAAGGACUACCAGGCUUGGCUUGAGAACUGGCGAGACUGGUUGCAGAUGAAGAAGCGCCAGGCUGCCCGCGUCAGCCGCGACAGACUUGCUUCUUUGGUUCCUGCCAUCGACACCGAGCUGACGCGCUACAACAGCAACCGUCAGUCUCCUCACUCGCGUUAUCUGCAAGAACAGGUGGCCGAGUACGAGCGCUACCAGGCUAUGAAGGUCCAGCAACAGCAGGCUUAUGCCCGCGACGGUGUUUGGGCUCACAACCCUUGGAGCGCGCCUCUCACUCCUCCCGACUCUGGCUAUGGCACCCCAGACUAUGGAAUGUCUGCCGCCUCUAGCAACGCUCGCUACAAUGAGUGGUUUGCUCAGGCUGCUGCUCAGUACAGCCGGGGCUAUCCUCAGCCUACCGCCAACACAUUUUACCCCAACCGUCAGCACAACUACACGGCCCAAUAUCCCUAUGCUAACCAAGGCAACGGAUGGGAGCACGGAAUGGAGUGUGGGUGCCCUGGCUGCACUGCUACCAUGAAGCACACUCCCUACUUCGCUCCUCAUGGCUAUGGCCAACCCGUCAUGGGCUAA